ACCGUUUUGGUGUUUGCAUUGCCUCUUCUUUAGUGGCUGUGAUUUACGUGAAAAUUAAGCGCUAGUGAGCGUAUUAUUGGCCUUAUAAACAAAAAGAUUACCACAACGACAAACGUUCAAGGAAGUGAUACUUCAGUUAAGAGAUGUUAGAUAUCAAAUACAAAAAAAAUAGGUAUCGUCCGUGUGACAGCGAGCGUAUGUGCAUGUAUUGGGAGAAAUUUUCACGAAAUUUAGCAAUCGUACGUACCGUAGUGAUGCAGUAGAUAAAAAAUCGACAAUGCUCUAGUGCUUCCCUGUACCGGACUGGUAGUGUAAGAAAAUGUGAACUACUCGGUAGAUAUGGUGUGAGAUUUUUUUUUCGUCGUGUCAUAUUGUACCGAUGGUGGUAGUGAAGUGUUCGAGUUAGCUAAAAGUUUCUUACAAUGAAACACGAAAGUCAGCGGUGGUGAUGAGUGCAGUGCGAACCAGCGUAGAAUAGUGCAUGUGUAAAAUUAAAGCAGAGCAGUAGAAUAGAUACAGCAGGCAUUGGGUGAAAAUUGCCAUUGGCGACAGCAAGGUGUGUGCAUUUCGAGCGAAAAGAAAAAGUCACACAGCCGUGAGCAAAAGUGUACCGAUCUCAGUGGUAGGGAGCUGAUUGCUCUGAUCAGCGAUCGACAAAGUUCAAAACAACAGGGGCGAAGAACGAGCAACGGUCGAUAAUGUCGACUACUUCGAUUUCCCGAGAAGAAGAGCGCAAGCCGCUCAUGGAGGAAUUUUACCGUCAGCGGCGUAUUCUUCUUGGCUGCACAAUUCUUAUCGGGGUGGCAGCCGUCAUAUGGAUUGUGGCCAUUUCUACCGAUCACUGGUUCAUCGUAACAGGUGGCCAAGGAAUUUUCAUACCGGAAACGCGACGAUACUUCAAAACAUCACACUCGGGCCUUUGGAAGAUAUGCCGCUACGGUGUCAUCCCGGCCGUGAUGGCUCAGUCCAAUGCGACACGCAACUUUACGACAUUGUCAUUUGUGAACGAGAAUCGCAUCGCAACGAUGCGUUCGACUAUUGCGAAAGAACCAUACAUCAAAGAUUUCCUUAGUGCCGAUUUAAAAAUGGAAAACCUGACCGAGGUGGACGACACCUUCCGGAGGCAACUGUUUGCGUCGUGGAUCGUGAACGAUGCGGACCGAUUCCACGAGCUGAAGGGUCUGUUCCACGAAAUUACGGGCAAGGUGCGCCAGCAGGACACAGUGGCUGUUCAAAAGCUCAAAAACCCACCGCUGAUGAUGCUUGAUCCGACCGAUCUAAACUCGGUGCGCGAGACUCUCAAAGAGCCGGUAGCCGCCGUGCUGACCACAGUCACCAUCAACUCGACGGACAUCAACGUUUUAAUGCCUAUCACGCUGUCCGAGGCCCUGUUCGACGACUGGGAGCACCGGCCGGGCGUGAUUUAUUUACUUUGGAGCUUCGCCAAAGCGAUGAACAUCCCGCCGUUCAUCGUCAGCCCAAAUGGCACCAAGUAUAUCAUACGACCGCCACUUCCGCCCAAGAAAGGCCGCAUUGGCAACGGAUACGAGUACACCCCGUUCAAAAAAUGUAAAUUCCACAACCUUUUCCCAUCGGACGACGAGAUUCUCCAGGAUCCUGCUAUCGAUGACGAGCUGCUCGAGAAAGACGAAGCUUUCUACAAUCCUGAGUUCGAAACCGAAGACUACAGCCGGACCGAAGCAUCGUUUGCUUGCAUUACAGUCUUCGUGAUGGUGAUGGGAUUCAUCUUUUCGAUCUACACGUUUUUAAACCCACGCUACAUGUUUAAACGGUUGGCCGGUGGAAUACAUUUCAUAUCAGCUGCGACAAGCAUUGUCGUUAUACAGGUGUUGGUAGCUUCCGUGGAGUACGAAAAGGAAAACAUAUCAUAUACCUUCCCAAAAGGUGCCAAAUAUAGCUAUGGCUACGGAUUCUAUCUGGCUUGGUUCGUAUUUUUAUCCAAUAUCUACGCUGGUUUGAUGUUCAUGUGGUAUUCAAAGAAAAGGAAAGGCAAUAAAGCAGCUACCGAAGAGCUGGGUAUGGCCGAUGAACCCAUCAACAUUGGGCGAUAAGCAACGAACGGCUGUCAUUUUCGAGCCAAAACCAAAGACAACGCACGAAUCAGGCAGAAAUUGGUUCCGAGUCCCCACAAAGAAAAACGUCCUUUGCGGUAAAAUAAGUGGGUUAAAUAAGUCUGUCAGAAACCUUCCCGACGGUGUUUAACGAAGAAAAAAAAAAAAAAACGAAAGAAGCAUUAAGACAAUGUUUUAGUUUUUUUAUAGUUUAUUUCGUAUUUUUUGUUGACCACUUCCGUUUUCUCUUUUUGUGAUUGUGUCGUGCUGAUACAUCAUGGUUUGUUUUUCUGUUUACAAUUAACUGUUACAUUAAGUGUUACGUGAACAAUAAAGAUAAGAAAGGUUGUUUCAAUA